CCCGCCCCUUUCCCGCCUUCGCUGAAGUGGCGACGGAUCGCAGCAAGGGACUUUCUAAAAAACUCUGCACGUCUCCCUCAUAUACAGCCAUAAUACCUCUGCCGUGUACUAGAUUAUAUGAAUGCGUGCUCUGUAGAGCCACAAGGCCCAGCAUUCCAAGAUAAGCUAUACCUUUUGAGGAGAAGCCAUGUACUGUGAUACCACAGAGCUUUGGGUGGAUAUUUGAUGUAUAGGUGCAUAUAUGGCAGUGUUUAGGUUUGGGUUUAUGCAUUUCUGUCCAUUUUUGUGCCAUUUUCUGUUUGUACAGGAGGCCCAUGAUUCCGUAGCUGCUGAGACCUUAAUGGUGGCACAGGAAUUUCCAAGGAUAACAGAAUGUGGCGCAGUUGUGGCAAAAAAACGGUUAAAGAAGGAUUGAUAGGAAUUGACUGGGUUAUGCCUUUUGAUGUUCUUCCCCAGAGUAGCGUUCUUCUGUCAUACAAAAGCUAAUAGGAUUCAAGAAACUUCACCACUAAGUGAAAGCCGCUCUAAAGAGCCAAGAACCUGGGGCUCCCUCCUUCCCUGUUCACUUGUAUGCAUUCAGGGAGUCAGCACGGUCUCAGCCUGAAGCUUGAGUUGUUCACUUCCUCACUGACUUCUUCUUCCUCAUCCUUCCACUGACUGCCCGGUGAGCAGACACUACUAGUUUGGCUGGAGAAACAGAGGGUCAUCUUCUUCUGGACAGUGGUACAAGGAAAUGCUAGAUCUAGUGAUAUCACAGAGCCUGUCUGUGACCAGUGGCUGCUCUGACAAUCUGAAAUUCAACUCUUCUCACCCCACAUCUCCUGAUGACAUAACAGAUAAGGAAAAUAAAGCAUUGUCCAGACACAGUCUAACUCAUUCAGGCAACAGCAAAGAAUCCCAGCAAUUUGCACCUGACCUGAAUUACCCAAGGCAUUACCCUCAUAUAAUCUCCCCCCCGUCCAUCCCAGCGAUGGCUGCCUAUGGACAGACCCAGUAUAGCGCAGGCAUUCAACAAGCAGCGGCAUACUCCACAUACCCUCCCCCAGGACAAGCUUAUGGCAUCUCCUCCUACAAUAUCAAAACAGAAGACAGUCUAAGCCACUCUCCCGGACAGAGUGGCUUCCUCAGCUAUAGCUCCAGUUUCAGCACCCCACCCCCGGGACAGGCGCCAUACACAUAUCAGAUGCACGGUCCUUCAGGACUCUACCAAGGAGCCAAUGGUCUAUCUAAUGCCAGCAGCUUUAGCGGUCUCCAUCAGGAAUAUUCAUCAUAUCCCGGCUUUAGCCAAGGACAAUACACCCAGUACUACAGCACAUCCUACAACUCUCCGUAUGUUACUAGCAACAACAUCAGUCCAAGCGCCAUCCCCACCACCACCUACUCCCUGCAGGAAGCCUCUCACCACAUCUCCAACCAGAGCUCAGAGUCUCUGUCAGGAGAUUAUAAUACUCACAAUGAUCCCUCCACCCCGGUGAAAGAUUCCGAAACUGACCGGCAGCACAGAGGAUCUGAUGUCAAGUUACGAGGAAGGUCCAAACGAAACAAUGACCCCUCCCCUACUGUAGACAAUGAGAUUGAGCGCGUCUUUGUGUGGGAUUUGGAUGAGACGAUUAUCAUUUUCCACUCAUUACUGACUGGGACGUUCGCCUCCAGAUACGGCAAGGACACAACCACUUCAGUGCGAAUAGGUCUCAUGAUGGAAGAGAUGAUCUUCAACCUCGCUGACACUCAUCUGUUCUUCAAUGACCUAGAGGAAUGUGACCAGAUCCACAUAGAUGAUGUUUCCUCAGAUGAUAACGGACAGGACCUGAGCACAUACAACUUUGCAGCAGAUGGUUUUCACAGUUCCGCAGCAGGAGCAAAUCUCUGUCUGGGAUCUGGAGUCCAUGGGGGCGUCGACUGGAUGAGAAAAUUGGCAUUCCGCUACAGAAGAGUGAAGGAGAUGUACAGCACCUACAAGAACAACGUAGGAGGUCUGAUCGGGGCCCCUAAACGGGAAACAUGGCUGCAGUUACGGGCGGAGAUGGAGGCGCUGACUGAUUUGUGGCUGACACAUGCGUUGAAGGCUCUGAACCUUAUACAUGUCAGGCCGAACUGUGUAAAUGUGUUGGUGACCACGACCCAGCUCAUCCCAGCCAUCGCCAAAGUUCUACUCUACGGGUUGGGUACUGUCUUCCCCAUUGAAAAUAUUUACAGUGCAACUAAGACAGGGAAGGAGUGCUGCUUCGAGAGGAUAAUGCAGAGGUUUGGGAGGAAAGCAGUCUAUGUCGUAAUUGGAGAUGGCGUGGAGGAGGAGCAAGCAGCAAAAAAGCACAACAUGCCAUUCUGGAGGAUCUCCUGCCACGCUGACCUGGAGGCCUUACGACACGCCCUGGAGCUGGAAUACUUGUAGCAUGUCCUCCACACUUAGCAGACUAUGGACCUCCGGUGCAGGAAUCAGGGGCCAUUAUUGCCCCGAGUGCUGGAGCUGCCUGGAGGCUUAUUCCUGAACCCGGACUAUUUAUAAGCACAAGAGACUUGUUCCAGGCACGGGUGAGGCUCCUCCCUCCACUACUCAAUGACCCGGAUUUGAUGGACAGAGAAGUCAAAUAGUUGAUUUUUUUUUUCUUGUCUAAUUUAUGGACUUGUCUAAUUUUUGUCCUGUCCUCGCACUCCUUUUACCUGUCAGUCACAGUGGGCGGGGUCACAUGGAUCUUAUUUAAUAAUUACCGGGAAGCGGUGCAUCUUGUACAUUAGUUUUGGUUGACUAUACCAUUCUGAUUUUAAGCUAUCACUGGGCCGUCUGCAGCACAUCUCCUGCAGCUAGCUCUGUUUUUUCUAUAUAAAGCAGAACGUUGUCCUGGAUGAAAGACGUUCAAUAAAAAAAAAAAAGAAACAUGUUUACAUUUUGGGGAAAAUAGCACAGUUUUUGUGUUCAUUUUCUACUUCAACCAUUGAUGUAACAUUAAAACAUGUACCAUAGCAUUUACUGUGGAAUUCCUAUUGUGGAAGUUCAAACACAAAACUGCACAGCUACACUGUGAUGGAGACUGCAUCCAAGAACAAGCCAGUUUAGCUGAAGUUGUUACAAAUUUUUUACUAAAACCAAAAUAUGUAGCCUUGGUUAUAAACAUCCAAGUAUCUUUGUACAGCUCCUAUGCAGGCCUGUGUGUGUACAUGGUUACAGCCUACAAAAAACGAGUAGUCUGAUUCUUGAAUCAUGUAUUGCUCCCUUGCUGCAUGCUGUCCUCUUUCAAAGCUCUUUCGAGGCCUUUGUCGUUAGUGAUAUUAACACACAACAGUUACAGAUACACAUGAAGAUUUCGGAGUCUCCUAUGACACCAACAUGACUGAACAGCUCAGGAUAGAAAAACAAGGGGGAAUUUACAAAAACAGUGCAAACUUAGACAGUCUUUGAAAGCAUCAGAUUUAUCACAAUGGCUCAGUGGGAUGUAUACUUACAGGAAACGGGCUCUCUCUAUACCUGGUGGUUUCCGGCUGCUUUCAGCGGUUGAGGACAGGCGCUUACAUCUGUUAACAGCUAUUUUAACUGUUAAUCUUUAUGAGCAGUCAAAUGAUUGCUCAUUUGUCUUCUAGGGGAACUAAGAAGUGUAAAAAUUUUUUUUUUUUAAAUAUUUAAACCUCUUAGUCGCUGAUGCACCUUUUUACAGCAGUCACUAAUAAUACUUAUUCUAUUUUAGUGUUUUUGUACUGACCUGCAAAAUAAAUCUAUAAUGUUAUUUUCACCUUAUGCUGUAUGGCAUAAAUUUAAAAUGGAAAAAAAUUUAUGAUAAAAUGUACGUUUUUUUUCCCCAUUUGACCAGCCAAAAAAAAAGGUAAUAAAAAUUACCCCCAAAAAUAAACCCCAAAAUGGUGGCAUUAAUAAGUACAACUUGUCCUUAGUUGGAAGGCAACAAUAGAAAAAAAAAAUUUAAUAAAGGGGUACUCU